AUGUUCAAUUCACGCAUUGAAUUGAGUGAUUUACCUGAUGAAAUUCUUAUGAUUAUUUUGAAAGAAUUACACAAUUCUGAAGUUCUGUAUUCUGUCAUGGGUAUUAAUAAACGAUUCGACAGGAUUGUAAAUGAUUCGAUUUUUACAAGAAAUUUGACAUUAAUAACACCUUUUAAUGAUUUAAAUCAAUUGACUGGUCCAAUACUUGAUCGAUUUUGUCUGCAAAUUAUACCUCAAAUUCAUCAUAAGAUCGAAUGGAUUCAUAUUGAAUCAUCAUGGAUUGAACCUAUUCUUCAGGUAACAAAUUAUCCUAAUUUACAUGGACUUGGCUUGUAUAAUCUUACAUCAAAAAGAGCAACAGAUCUCUUUACUGUUAUUGAUAUUAAAGAAGGUGGACCAACAGAUUCAUUCGAAGAUACAAAUGUACAUAUAUAUACAAAUCUUUAA